AUGUUAAUUUCCAGGCUACCUUCCCCAGUCUAGAAGAACUAAUAUAUAGCGGAGAGGAAUAAGAGCAUGAAGGAGAUAUGGCAUGGUGAUGAUGUGAAGGAUGGCAUUGUUUUCACCAAACUUGAGUCUUUGCAACUUAAAGUUCUUCCAAAACUAGAAAGCUUCUGCUCAGGAAAUUACAACUUUGAAUUUCCAUCUUUGGCAGAUGUAACCGUGAUGGAGUGUCCAAGUAUACGGACUUUCUCUGAGGGAGAAAGUGGUGAUGACGCUGAAGAAGACUGGUCUGAUGCUUUGCAUAUGCUGUUCGAUUAGGAUGAUGUUUCCGAGGAGAGUGGAUUCUCUGAUGCCAUCAACUUGUCUGAUAUAUUAGCUAGAUCUUUUAUACAAGCUGCUAUAUAUAUAUAUAUAUAUAUAUACAUUGGUGAUACUUUCUUCCUUGUAGGUUAUAGGGUGCAUUCACUUGUGCUUCGUCUUAUCAAAAAGACUUCAAUUUUUCUGGUUUGUAUUGUGUGAGAGAAUUUUUAAACUCGAUUUUAUUUUCAUUUGGAUUAUCCGGAGAUAUUUCCACUGUUUUCAUGAAGUUUGGGUGUCUCCAAGACAGUCUGGUCAUAGCUCUACCUUCGGCUGUUCCUGUUCUCUUUCGUGCCUACCAAAUGUUUGUUAAAAUGCGCCACGGACAUUUUCAACCAAAUCUGGCGGCAGUGUACGUAAACAUAUACUGUUGCAGGUUAGUUUUACUCUAGAAUAAAAUUAGUUGUAAUUU